UGUACACAUUGAUAGAUAAUAAAUUUGAAAUAAAAAAAGACUUUAUCUAUGGCUAAGAAUAUAUUAGUGAUGUCCUUCCACGGUUUAGUGUUGGUCGGUGCGAUAUGUUUCGCGUUUUGGGCAACAGGUGCGAGCGCGCACUACGACACCGCUACGCCCUACACGCUGCCCUACACGAAAUACAAGUACAUACCCUUGCACGGUGACGUCGAAGAUGAACCAUCAGCGCCAAGUGAAGAACCGGCAUCAUCAGGGAUGCCUCCAUCAGAGUUGAUACUUACAGCGUUAAGGACAGCCCUGGAUAUUGUCAGGAAUAUUAAUAAGAAGAAAGCGGAGACCACGCCGAUCAUUGCUAAUAAUACUAGUUCAUCAGUUAUUAAUAAGCUCAGACGCAGAAAGCCGACUAAUGGCACGGCUGUCAGUGGAAGAGGUUUUGAGGACUACUACGACGAGCACCAUGACCACCAUUACCACCACGACAUCGAAACGACGACUACGCCGAAACCCAUGAAACAGGGCAGAUACACCGACCCAUGGGCUGGAUACUAUGACUGGAUCAUCAAUGAAGGUUCUUUCAAAUUUUGGAGCGUGUUUCAAUUAUUUACUGCAGCACUUCUGUUGUACGCGUGCUUUUCUGCUAUUUACUACGCAAAAUUCAAUCCCAUUUUGCCUGACUACACUAUGGAAUACGACGAUUAUUUCCUGGAGAGAACCGUCGGCAGAAAAGCAAGGAGUGUGGACCCGUCAGACACGCCAUCAGGAUUAAGUUGGAUUAACCCUACUACGUUCCAAUUUAUUUUGAAUGCCAUUUCUCAACAUUACUUGGAGCAGUAAUCUUUAGUCAUUUUAAUACUUCAAUAUGAGGAAACGACAGCAGCUCUAUUUUAAGUUAAGUCAACAUACAGCUCUUGUUUCCCUAUAUUAGAAUUUUUAAAAACGA